AUGGCACUAUUGCCGGUUCGGGGGGGCGACACCUAUGUUCCUUAUGCUUCUCGUCUUUGGACACCCAACUUACCGUCUUAUACUAUCACCGCUAAGCCGAUCACCCUCGCCAGUAGAUCCCCAGGGCCCUAUCUCACUUACUAUGGAACUAUUUCUUCUUUCCCCCUUGAUGGUCCAAUAGAAGUCCACGCCACCACCUCAUACUGGGAAAGCGAAUGUCCCCCUUUCAUGAGGCACGGAGGUUCACCCCAAGUCCACGGAAAUUUUCGGAUCCUAUCCCAUGAUCAUCGCCUCUUGAUGUCUUUCCGGAUCAAAUGCCCUGGGUUCCUGGCCCUAUAUUCGGACGUACUCGCACCUGAUCACCUCAUUUGGAUCAAAGGCCGCAUUUUACGCAGGACUUCAAUCCCUGCUCCCUGCGUUCACAUCAGGGAAGCUUAUUGGAACAAUCAGUCAAACUCCUGA